UAGGAAGGAAGGAAGGAAGGAAUUACACAUUCCCUCAAAUCUCAAUCCUCAUUACCUUCUUAAUCUUAUCAACUACCUUUAUCAAUUUCAAAUCCCCACCAUUAUCCAUUCCAAUUUCCUCCCCUCCCUCUAUUCUAUAUAACCAUCAUCCCUUCCAUAAUACAACUUCACAUAUUCACACACAAUUACACAUUCUUUAAUAUAACGUACCUUCAGCCAGCCAUGGAAGUACUCGACCAAGAACAGCUACAGCUCAUCAGAAAGCUUGAGAUCUUCAAAAUUCAGGGGACGGACAAGACAGGCCGUCCGAUCCUCCGGAUCAUCGGAAAACUCUUCCCAGCCGUGAGUGUCUCUGCGCUGAAGAAAUUCCUGGAAGAUGAGAUUUUUCCGGUGCUGGAAUCCCGGCCCUUCGCGGUGGUGUAUGUUCACACAGGGGUUAGAAGCUCCGACGACUUCCCCGGAAUAUCUGCUUUCAAGUCCUUAUACGACGCCGUUCCGGCCAAGGUUAGGGAUAAUCUGGAGGCACUUUAUUUCCUGCACCCGGGCCUCCAGUCCCGGAUCUUCCUUGCCACAUUCGGCCGUGUCCUUUUCUCCGGGCUGUAUGGAAAGGUGAGGUACGUGAGCAGAUUGGAGUUCCUGUGGACUGAGGUGAGGAGGAAGGGAGUGGAGAUCCCGGACUUCGUGUACGAGUACGAUGAGGAGAUGAUGGAGAGCCGUACGAUCGUCGAUUACGGAAUGGAGAGUGAUCAUCCCAGAAUUAUCCAUCAAGCUCCAGUCUUUGACUGUGGAGUUCACACAUACUCCACCAGAUGUAUUGCCUGAUCAAGCUGCAUAGAGGUGAUAAAAAAUCAAGAAAAGGCUGAAAAAAUAAAUAGGGAUUAGAAAGUAAGUGUAGGAUCUGUAUAGCAUAGAACUUAGAAACUAGGAUUUUGGAAUUAUGAUUAGUCUUUUUCAUAUCCUAAUUUACAAAUCCAGUGUGUGUUUGUGUUACUUGAAUGAAUUGAAAUGUCAUUGGUUUA